AUGGAACAAGAAGCUAUCGCUGCCGGGAGGCGCAUCUAUCUAGGCAACCUCCCUUACGAGGCAAAGCCCUUUGAAGUAGAAGAAGUCCUAGCUAGAAACGGUUUCGAUAGUUUGGAUAAGAUUCACAUCUCGGUCGAUCCCAUCAGCGCUCGAAAUCCUGGAUAUUGCUUCGUCGACUUCCACGACCGCGAGACUGCUGAGAGAGCUCUUUCGUCUCUAUCUGCUACAGUAUAUGGAAGGACUUUGAAGGUAGGACCAUGUGAACCAAAGAAGCCCCGUGAAGGUCGCGGAUUUCAAAACGAAGAUGCAACAUCUCGUAGAUGGGGCGACUGGAAUACCAAAUCGAGCACGAACAGCAACAACAUGAGCCAAAACAACGGCAGAGGCGAGAACAGGGGUCCUAACUGGGCUAUCGAUCACUUCGAAGACGUGACAAGGGAUCACGGUGGACGAAGACUGUACGUUGGAGGCUUAGGCAAAAUGAUCGAUCAAGCUCAACACCAGGAAGAAUUGGCACACAUAUUCUCUGGUUUCAAACCGGCUGCUAUCGGGAAACGAAUUACACCUCACGAGAGUAAGAAGACUCUGCCUGGAAACCACCACUACUGCUUUGUCGAUUUCGACACCAAAGAAGAAGCAAGCUUAGCAGUGGAAAAACUUAACAGAAAGGAAAUCCCAGGAGGCCAGCUGAAGGUGUCGAUUUCUGAGAGGGUUCCCCAGAAGCUCGUGGGUCGUCAAUUAGAUGCACGAGAGGGUCGUCGGGUCGCCGAUCGAGUUAACAACCCUCGCCCAAACAAGCCUGAGACGAACAAUGCGAUGGUAUCCAACAAUUGGCGCAGAAAGGAUUAG